UUUUGUUAACUUUUUUUUUCUAGAACAUGUUUGUUCCUUACCUAAUGAUUCUGGUAUUCAAUGUCCAGCACGUGUUUUAUCUCCAAUUUCUCGUUUUUAUUUUGAUUCGACAACUGGCUCGUGUAGAACUUUUCAAUUUUCACAAUGUGGAGGAAAUGCAAAUAAUUUUGACUCUCUUGAACAAUGUGAAGGAUUUUGUUUGGAAUCGCAAUGUCCGGAUGGAGGAACAGGUUUACGUGCUGGCCCAUCUUUAGCUCGUUGCAGUCCUGGAGAACAAAAUGGUGCAAGAUUAGCGGAUACUUGCCCGGCACAUUAUGUUUGUGUUCAACCACUUUUUGGACAACACAAUUUUUUUGUCGAGAACCUGUUGCUGCUGGAGUUCCUUGUUUUGGCCCUUUUUUGACUAUUCAACGUUUCCAUUUUAAUCAAAAAAAAGGACAAUGUGAAGCUUUUCAAUAUUAUGGGUGUGGAGGUACUGGGAAUAAUUUUAUUACAAGAAGUCAGUGUGAAAUGCAGUGUGUGCCUUCUGUUCAAAAUAGCUGUAAUGGUGUUGCCCCCCUAAACGACCCAGGCGACUAUGUCCAACGUUGUAAUGAUAAUUCUCAAUGUCCAAGUGGUAGCUGGUGUAAUCAAAAAAGUUAUUGUUGCCCCCAUGGAGAAACUGCUUGUUCAAGUCAAAAAAGUAUUGGACAUACUUGUCUAAGUCAAAGGCCUGGAACUUUUUGGUAUUAUGAUAGCGACACAGAUUCUUGCCUUCCCUUUGAAUAUUCUGGUUGUGGAGGAACUCCAAAUCGUUUUUCUGAACGAGAAGCGUGUGAAUAUAUGUGCUUAAAUAAACAAGAAAAUUUAAAUAAUGAUGGUGGUGAUGAAUGUCCACGUGGUAUGGCUCCUUUAUUAGCGUCUGGUGGAAGGGGAGGAGGAAGAAAUAGUAAAAUACAAAGUUGUCGACAGCCUUUGAAUAAUUUAAGUGGAGCUGGAAGUUCUUCGUCUUAUAAAAAAUGUCCAGAAGGUUCUUCUUGUGUUCAAUCAAUAAAUAAAAAAAACAGCCAAAAAUGGAUUUGUUGUAUUUCUGUAGCACAAUGUCCAAAUGGAAGAAAUGCUUAUUUAAUACCAAAUUCGGAUUCUAUAGUAGCUUGUGUGCCUGAAGCUUUGUUGGGAGAAGGUGGAGAAGAGGAAGGAGAAAAUUUUAAUAAAAAUUGUCCUUCAAAAUAUCAAUGUAUGCAGUCUGCUAAUGUACUUGGAUUUUAUAUGUGUUGCUCUUCUAAUAAUUAUAACAAUAUUGGUGGUGGUGGAAGGAGUAUUUCUAAUACUGAUUUGCCUUCAUUGUAUGAAGAGAAAUCAAAAAUUGGUUCAUUUACUUCUGCUGUUGUUAGCGCUGUUUCUGCUGCAAAGAAGCGUGCAAUGUCUUCAUUACUUGCUAAUUUAAAUGCAGCACAACAACAACAAAAACACCAACAACAUCAAUAUUCUGUAUUAAAAUGUCCAAGUGGUUUAUUAUCCAAUGGAGCUAAAUGUGUUGUUAAUCAAAUACAAGCUUGCCCUCUAGGAUAUUUGUGUAUUGGUGAUAAUAAUAUUGCUUCGGGUGGGAAAGGUGUUUGUUGUAAAGCGCAGCCAAAAUGUACAAGAAAAGGAAGGAAACCGGUUUAUAUUGCGCCUAAACAGGUUUUAACUUGUGGUGAUGAGGAAGCAGGGUGUCCGGAAGGUUCUCGUUGUUCUCGUUCAACUUUAUCAGGAAUUCAUAUUUGUUGUAUGCCAAGAGAAAGUUCUGCUGCUGUUGGUUAUGUCAAAGGGAGCAGUUCUUCUUCCUCAGCUUCAUCUUCAUCUUCAAAUUCUGAUAGAAGAACAAUUAGAAGGCCUGAAUCUUCACUUUCUUCAUCUUCCUCCUCAGCUUCAACCUCUUUUUCGCAUGUUCCCAAAAUUGUUCCGAAAUGUGCAAAGGAUGGAGCUUUGCCUUUUUUUGCUUUGGGAAGUAGAGUUCCACAACAAUGUACAGCAGAUAGAGAUGAUGAAUGUCCAGAAGAAUUUGAAUGUGAAAUGGGAACUGAUGAACAAUUUUAUUGUUGUCCAGCAUGGGAUAGAUGUCCAGCAGGCGCUUCUCCAUUUUUUGUUGAAGGAUCUCGCAAACCUUUGGGUUGUAAUUGGAUGGCAAAUAAUUGUCCUGAAGGAUACACCUGUGAAGGUUCAAAAGACCGUGCCAUUUGUUGUCGAAUGCGUGCAAAUAAAUUACAAUGUCCAAAUGGUCGGUCCCCUUAUCUUUAUGGAAAACGUCCAGUUGUUUGUCAUUCAACAAGUAAUAAAAGAAUAUGCCCUACUGGAUUUGAAUGUACACCUUCACAAAAUGGUGGUGGACAAAGAUUGUGUUGUUCUACACCGGAAAAUCACGCACCUGAAUGUGUUGCUGGUUUUGGCUAUCUUGAUCCUUCUACUGGAAGAAAUCAAAUAUGUGACCCAACACUUGAGACUUGCCCUCUCGGUUAUCGUUGUAAACGUUCAACACUUGCAAAUACACAUGUUUGCUGUUCUUUACCUUUGGAUAAUCGUUAUGAUGGUUAUUGCCCUCCUGGACAAAUUCCAUUAAUUAAUAGCGGACAACAAUUACAACAAGAAGAUUUUAUUAUUCCAACAAAUUGUCAUCAAGUAUUAAAUCCUUGCCCUUCUAAUAAUUUAAUUGGACCUCCAUAUCAAUGUAUUUAUUCAACUGAAAAACAAGAUUCUUUUUGUUGUGCUUCUGCUGGGCAUCAACGCUUUGGAAAUUAUUUUAAUAAUAACAAUAAUAUUGCUGCAUUUCCUUCACGUGGGGAAAGUCAACAACAACAGCAACAACAAAAUCAACAAAUGCAACAAUGGUUGCAACAACAACAACAUUGGCAACAACAAUUUCAUCAUAGAAAUUCUGCUACAGCAGCGCAACAACAAGCAGCUCAAGCAGCAGCGGCAUUACAAGCUUCACAAGUUGCAGCUGCUCAACAACAACAACAAUUGCAACAAGCUCAACAAGUCUCUUCUGCUGUUCAACGUUGUGGUGGUGAUGGACUUGAGAACAAUGAUUCUUUAAUGGCACAACAAAUAGCGGCAGCUAAUCAAAUGUUACAGCUUCAACAACAACAACAACAACAAAAUGGUGGGGGUGUGAGUGGUGGGAGUUAUUUACAACAACAAUCACAGCAACAGCAACAACAACAAUUAAUGCAGCAACAAUCAUCACAACAAGGAGGAGGUAGAGGACAAUAUAAUCAACAAAUAGCCCAGCAACAAUUACGACAGCAAUCACAACAACAACCAAAACAAUCUUCCUCAUCAUCAAAUAAUUAUCCUUAUUCUCAAUCAGCAAUUUCAGCAGCAGAAAAUUUGGCUUCAGCAGCUUUACAUUCAAUUUAUGCAAAUUAUGGGACAUCAAAAAAUUCUUCCUCUUCCCCCUCCUCCUCUCCCUCCUCCUCCUCUUCAUUAUUUGUUGCAAGUUGUCCACCUUGGAGUCGUCCCCUAUUAGAUUCUUCAACAGGUUUAGGCCGUUCUUGCUCAACUUGGAUUAAAUGUCCUUCAAGUUUUACUUGUUAUUCAAACUUCCCAGAUGGAAGAAAUGCUCAUUGUUGUACAACUGUACCUUUGGAUAAUCGUAUUGUAUUUAAAGCUAAUACUGCAGCGAUUUUAGCUGAUGAGCAACAACAGUACCCACAUUUUAACUCGCAAUAUUCAACACAAUAUUCUACACAAAAUAAUGGAACUUUAAAUGUUUCAACUGGUGUUAUUAAUAAUGGUGGUAAUAGUAUUGGUAAAUGCCCUUCUAAUAUGAUUAAUAUUGGUGGGCUUUGUAAACGAAUGUUCUUCAUUGGCCAGCCAGGAUGCGAAACAGACCAACAAUGUACAGCCCGCUCGAACGGCACAGUCUGUACCCGAGGUUAUUGUGCCUGUCCACCCCCUCUUUUAAUUCACGAAUCUCGUUGUGUUCUUCAAUGCCCUGAGGCUAUGUUGACAAUUGCUGGGCGUUGCUACGAUUUGGGAUCAAUUGUCUUUAUGGAUUCUGUUGACAAUAGAGAAAACGGGACAAUUGGAGGGUUUUGUUUAGCUUCUGUUGUUCCAGAAGAGCAAUGCAACGUCAAAAAUGCUUAUUGUAGUGAAAAAAGCUUGACGUGUCAAUGUACUCCAGGAUAUGAAUUGAGGAUUGAUGAUAUUAAUAAUCGAACAGAAAAGGUUGGUUAG